AUGGCUGCCGUCGACACAGUCCUUGCCUCUGCGGAGUCCCGCCGCCGUGGCCGCUUCUCCGAGCUCUUGGCUGUGAAGGCCGACCCUGCAGAGUCCACCAGCGAGGGUGAGCGCAGCGAGAGCGACAGCCGUGAGGCGAUGACACCAGAGGCGACUUUGACGGACUGCGAAGGCACGCUGCCGUCAAAGGAUGAGGGGCCGAAUGAGGAAGAGAAGGAAGCUCUGCGCCUCUAUGAAGCCAAGUUCGCGGAGAACCGCGAUGGCAGCUACAAAGGCUACGAGAGGAAAGCCUUCCCGUGGUUCACCCCGGCAGCACGUGGCGAGGUGGCCCCCAAGGAUUUCCUGACGCGCGCCAUGUCUGAGAAGGAGGCUACCAGGCCGCGCCCGAAGAAGGAGUUCGAAGUGGACUCCGACGGAGAGGAAGUGCAGCUCUGCAGCCAGUGCGGCCUGCCCAUGGGGGAGACGGCCUACCGCCCCGAAGAGAAGGGCUACAAGCUGGUGCAUCCAGAAUGCAUGGCCCAGAUCGUGUUGGAGGAUGCACAGAAGCAGGAUGACAAGAACAACGCGGAGCAGAGACAAAAGAAGCUGGACAGCCGUCUCGAGUACCAGAUCGGCUGGCGUCCAGAGUCCGUGCCCAAGAGCGGUCCGGUGGCUUCAAAGCUCGGCUGCUCGCCGAUGCCGCAGGGGCUCUGCUGUCUGGUUUACGAUGAGGCGUCUCGAAGCGUCCGUAUUGCGUCCACGUUGGAGCCCGCUGCUGCUGUCAACCUGGAGUACCUUAUGCUAUGCCUGAAGGUGCGCCGGACGGCUUGCCGUGAGCCCCUCUUCUCCUUGGAUCCUGUCGACCCGCAGAAGCUGGAAACCACGCCGCAGCGCAAGCGCUAUGAACCGGCUUGGUUGGCUGGUACCAGUGUGGGAGACGUCAUGUUCCAGGCGGACUACUUCCUCAAGGAGCUAGCCCUGGGUGAGUAUACCAUGCCGAUCGUCGGCAUGAUGAGUGUGUUUGACUGGUCAGAGAUGACGGAUGCCAACAAGACGUGGGCGGGACGAGAGUGGUUCGUUGUCAAGAAGGCUGAGAUUCGCCUCGCAGAGGACAAGACGCUGGUUCCUUGGGUGAAGAUGGGAGUCGAAGCCCGUGAGCAGGUCGUCACCAGCAAGGGCUUGGAAGACAAGCCGAUCACCAGCAAGCACCACCCUCUCACCAGGUUCGCGGAGGCAUUCACCCGCCACUUCGACCUCAUUGCUGAGCGAAAGAGCGUGAUCUUCCACCUGCGCGAAUUGGCCAAGGCCUCCGUGAUGGCUAAGUUUCUGGUGGACUCGAAGAUUUCCUUAGACGCACGCUGGUUUGACAUGGCUGAGGACAUGAUCCAAUCCACCCAGCCAGAGGCCUUCUCCGAGAUCCCACAGCUGUGGAACAUGCGCGGCAAUUCCCGUAUCCAGCUUCAGGGUGGCAAGAUCCGCGACAUGCAGACCGGGUUGCAAAGCAACCUCCAUGCAAUCUACGGCGGCGUAGAGUUCGGCCUCGACCGCUUCCAGCUGGCGCAGCGAACCGCGCUGCCUGGUGCUGCACUGCCCAGUGCGAUGCCCGGGGCACCUCUGCCUGGAGCUGCCUUGACCCAGCCUGGUCCUGGUCGAUUUGACAUCACAGGAUUGCAGCUUGGACCUUCGGGACGACCAAUGUUUAUGCCGCAGAGGUUCCAGCUCCCGCCGUCGCGCGAUGGAGUUCCGCAAGGUGUGGACCUGGCUCUGGACAAGUUCGAUCUCUCCGCCCCGGAUCGCUUCGCAAACUCUCUGCCUCCCUGCAGUGCGCACUUCGAUUCUAUUGAGGGCCGUGUCACCCUGGGAAAGGCAUUCUUGAAGAAUCUUCAAGAGGACUCCUACGAAACCCUGAAGGCCGAGGAUGCGAAGCUUCUCCAGCGCGUCUUCAACCCCGUGAUGGCUGACAGGAUUGCUGAGGGAGACUCCUUCAUCCCUCCUGAUCCCAACCUUGACUACGUGCAGAGGCUCCGACACCUCAUCCAGGAGGAAGAGAGCCUUACAAAGCAGAGGAAGGCUCGCUUCAGCGACAAGAACUUCACGGUGGGAAUGGCUGGAGCCGAGUUCCCUCGAUCCUGGACCUCGCGAUUCCAAAUCCUACGUGAAGGAGGCAAAGCGCAGGUGGUCGCCAGACCUGGCCUCGCCACCUUGAAGGUGGACGAGAUCUUCACGCGCACACUGCUUGAGGACAUCCUGCCCACUGCCGCGCCCGAGUUUGCGCAGACCACUGAGGAUGGUACAGUCUUCCGCAUCUACAAGAUUGGCCGCCUCGAGGUGCGCACCACACAGGCAGCGCAGGCACCUACCCAGGAGGUGCUCUCGGUGUUCUCCCUGAGGCCGCCAUGCCUGGAGGGAGCCCGAGGUAGGCUGCACACCGUUUCUCCUAGCGAGAAGUUCGUGAAAGGCCGCCUCUUUGUCGAAGCCAUUGAUGGCGAUCAUAAGGAGUGCGCCAAGCAGCUCCACCUGUGCCACUUUUACGUUGUCCUGGAAACCAGCUCUUCCAACGUGAUUGUCACGGAGAAGCUUGCGGACGGAUCCACCACUUGGGUCUUGAACCCCUCGCAGAUCGAGGACCGCAACUCCUUGGCAAAGCUGAUGAUUGCGGUCGACAUCCGCAUGGAGAAGGCGACCGUUGGCAACCUGCAGGUCACCCAGGAGAGCAACAACAUCAAGAGCGCUGCCGGGGCGGGCGCUUCGGAGCGAAAGCGCUAUGCCAAAGACAUCUUUGCACUGGUCUCGCCGAGGAAUUUGAAUCUCUCGUCGAGGCGUUUUGCUGGCCGCGCCUAUCCCUACCCGUCCAACUCGAAGCGAAGCAAGGAGUUCAGGACUCGCUGGGGAGCUCCCCUGCCCAUGCCCGAGAAGGAGGAAGGCAAAGGUGCUUGA